CUCUCUCUGAGUCAGGACCAAGGUUUCCACUCGCCUCCGUCAGAAAAACACUGAAGAGGAGAAGAAGGAGAAGAAGGAGAAGAAGGAGAAGAAGGAGAACAAGAAGAAGGAGAAGAAGGAGAACAAGAAGAAGGAGAAGAAGGAGAACAAGAAGAAGGAGAAGGAGGAGAAGGAGAAGAAGGAGAGGAAGGAGAGGAAGGAGUGGAAGGAGAGGAAGGAGAAGAGAAUCUGCAGGUCAUCGCCAGCUGCCAAUCAUCUGGUGUGGACCAAUCAGGUGCCAGAACACAACAUGGAGGCGUGACAGACAGGUCCAAGAUGGCGUCCACCAGAGGACGAACAGGAAGUUUAAACCUGCUGCACUUCCUGUUGGGUGUGUUCCUGGUUCCUUCCUUCUUGUCUCUGGAGCUGCUUCCAUCAGCCAAUCAGGUUCUGCUCAACAGCAGCUCCAACUACAGCGUGGUCUGUUCUGGGUGGAGUCAGGUGACCUGGCUGUUACCUGCGGUCCCUGAGGGAGGGGUUAUUCAGGUGGAGCCUCUGGGGUCCAGCAGCGUCCUGCGGCUCCUGAACGCCUCAUGGAGGGAUUCAGGUAGAUACACCUGUGAGGAGGCUGGGUCUCCUGAGAGGAGACAGGUGGACGUCUUCAUACCUGGCACAGGUCCAGAGGAGUGGUUUGUCCCGAGGCUCUCAGGUGUGGUGAUGCAGGUGGGGCUGGAGGACACCGUCCCCUGCGGUGUUUCUGACCCCCGGCUCAACGUCUCUCUGUUCGAGCGUCACAGCAGGACCCCCGUCACCACGGCAACAUACGAGCCGGGGCGGGGCUUCACCGGGAAACUUAACGACACGUCAUACACCUGCACUGCCACCGGGGGGGGGGCGGAGUCACAGAGCCAGGUGUACUACGUGUUCAGCAUCGUAGUCCCUCAGCAGGUGGAGGUGUACCUGUCUGUCUCUCGCUCGGUGCUGAAGGUGGGUGAGUCUCUGAUGGUGAACUGCACGGUGAGAGACAUCGACAUGGUGUUUUUCACCUGGGACUUCCCCCGCAGACAGGAGGUGGAGCCUCUGACAGACUUCCUGCCCAAUCAGAUUCGCUCCUUUGUGAACAUCUCCUCGGCAACAGUGGAAGAUUCAGGUGUGUAUGUGUGUGAGGUUCAGGAGACGUUGCAGGGACAAACUGCGAAGAAGAACGUCACCAUUACAGUGCUGGAGCGGGGGUAUCUGCUGCUCUGGCCCUCAGGUGAGACUCACCUGUCAGCCCUCCUUCAUCACACGGUGACGCUCAGUGUGGAGGCCGACGCCCACCCCCCCCCCACAGUCCUCUGGACCAAAGACAACAACACCGUCGCCACGGAAACUAGUGCCGUCAACACCACACACCUGACAGGAAGCAGGUACCUGAGCACGCUCACGCUGGUUGGAGUCCGGCUGCAUCAGACAGGAAGUUACACGGCGAGCGUUUCCAAUGAAGACGAAGCAGAGGAGGUCGUCUUCAAUCUGGAGGUCAAAGCACCCCCCAGGAUCACGUCUCUGUCGGAGGUCGGCAGUCAGGAGAUGCUGUGUGUCGCUGAGGGAGCUCCGCCCCCCAACAUCACCUGGUACACCUGUCACAGCUCACACAGGUGCAGUAAUGUGACUGGCGGUUGGAGGAGCAAAUCAGCAGCCUCUGAGGACAACGUCACCAAGGACAUAGGCAUCACCACGGUGCGCAGUGUGUUGAGUCUGCAGGCUCUCACCUCAGUGUCAGCUGUUCGCUGUGAAGCCAGAAACUCUGCAGGACGUCGAACAAGAGACCGCCACGUCCAGUCCUCCUCUCUCCUGUCUCAGGUCCUGGUUCUGGCAGCAGUUCUGGUUCUGGUCGUCAUCGCCAUCUUCUUCCUCAUCGUCCUCAUCGUCCUCUGGAGAAAGAAGCCGCGGUACGAGGCCCGCUGGAAGCUGAUGGAGUCGGUGAGUCCGGACGGACCGCAGAACAUCCUGGACCUCCACAGCUGGGAGAUACCCCGGAACAACGUAGUACUAGGUCAGGUGUUGGGUUCAGGGGCAUUCGGCCGUGUUGUUGAGGCGAGCGUCUCUGACCUGAUUCACUCUCAUUCUAACACUAAAGUGGCCGUCAAGAUGGUGAAACAGCGCAGUGGGGUCCAGUCCCUGGUCUCGGAGCUGAAGGUCCUCAUGCACAUCGGUCCUCACCUGAACCUGGUCAACCUGCUGGGAGCGUGCACGAGAGGAGGACCUGUCUAUCUGAUCACUGAGUUCUGUCGUCAUGGAGACCUGGUGAACUACCUGCAGAGGAACAAACACACCUUCCUGCAGAGCGACACACACACAAAGAGUGAUGGUGAUGGAGGCUACAUGGAUAUGACCUCAGAGACUCAGUACGUCACCGUGAAAGAGCUAAGCCCCGCCCACAUCCAGCCUGCGGAGUACGAGGAGCUGUGCACCCCCGCAGGCCAGCAGGAGGCACCGCAACCCCUCAGCGCCGCCCCCCCCCUCAGCCUCAUGGACCUCCUCAGCUUCUCCUUCCAGAUCGCCCAGGCCAUGGACUUCCUGUCCUCCAGAAACGUCGUCCACAGGGACCUGGCAGCCAGGAACGUCCUGGUCUGUGAGGGGAAGCUGCUGAAGGUCUGUGACUUCAGUCUGGCCAGAGACCUGAUGAAGGACCAGGACUACAUCGCCAGAGGGACCAGCUUCCUGCCCGUCAGGUGGAUGUCUCCGGAGAGCCUCUUCCAGAACCUGUUCAGCUGUCAGAGCGACGUCUGGUCCUACGGGGUCCUGCUGUGGGAGCUCUUCUCUCUGGGUGCGAGUCCGUACCCCGAGCUGCCGAGGACUCAGGACUUCUGCUCGUCUCUGAAGACAGGAAACAGGAUGACCCGCCCCGAACACGCCCCUCUCAACAUGUACGACCUGAUGAAGGUGUGUUGGGCGGAGAGUCCUCAGUCCAGACCCUCCUUCUCCUCGCUGGUGGUCUCGGUGGGGAACCUGCUGAUGGAGGACUACAGGAAGCGCUACCUGCAGCUGACGGAGGACUUCCUGUCCAGUCCGGCUGUGCUCAGAUCCAGACGGAGUUCACCGGGAGCUGAUGGGGGUCCGACGGACGCUCAGAAACAUGGAAGCCCCGAUGCUCAGGUAUUGGAGGUGGGGCCAGAGGAGGCAGGCUCCUCCCACACGACCUACAUCAUCCCCAUCACUGACGUCACCAUAGAAACCAGGGGGGGGGCCGCGCAGGACGCAGCCAGCCCUCAGCUGUCCCAGUCUCAGGACACACAGGAGGGGACAUCACCUGAGGACACACAGGAGGGGACAUCACCUGAGGACACACAGGAGGGGACAUCACCUGAGGACAGACAGGAGGGGACAUCACCUGAGGACAGACAGGAGGGGACAUCACUUGAGGAAGAGGAGAGCUCUCUGUGAUGCCUGAGCUGCCUUACAGUCAGGACUGAGGGCUUCAUUAACUCUGAGCUGCCUUACAGUCAGGACUGAGGGCUUCAUUAACCCUGAGCUGCCUUACAGUCAGGACUGAGGGCUUCAUUAACCCUGAGCUGCCUUACAGUCAGGACUGAGGGCUUCAUUAACCCAGAAUCCCCUGACAGACAGCACUGAGGGCUUCAUUAACCCAGGAUCACCCUCAGUGCUGUCUGUCAGGCUGCUGAACCUAAAGAGCUUCAUACUAUCUUUAUUAUAUCUGUAUCUGAGAGGUCUCUGUGUAUAUCUGUGUUAUUCAAAGUGCUUUAAGACGUCUGAUGUGACUCCUGAAAUAAAGAGUUCAUUGAA